GCUGAGGGCCUCCGUCUCUGGUACGCUUGAGUGGAGGACCCUCCUUGCCUCUGAUUGGGUGGCAGGGAGCCCCCCGCGCUCCCGCAGUCGCUGAGCGCUUUGUGGAGAAUGCCCCUCGCCUUUCUCCAUUGGCCAUCGGAAGUCCCGCCUUGUUGUGCGAUUGGUGACCGACGCCCCCCCUCCUGCCCCUGAGGCCGGCUAGUACUGCCGCCGCUGCCCGGCCCGGCAUGGCGGGCGGCGGGGCAGCCAGAACCCGAACCCGGAGGAAGGGCGGCCGGGAUCCCCCUGAUGCUCUGGUAUUAUAAAAGAGACAACCCUAUAUGAAGAUGGGACUGCUGGUGUACAUGCGUAACCUGCUACUAGCCCUCUGUCUCUUUCUGGUGCUGGGCUUUCUGUAUUAUUCAGCUUGGAAACUGCAUCUUCUCCGAUGGGAGGAUUCAAAUUCAUUGGUUCUUUCCUCUGACUCCGUUGGACGUUCAAUAGGCUCAGGAAGGAGAGAGAGAAAAUCCACACCUCUUGUGCCUCUGUCAUCUCUCCCAUCACAUCUUGCUGCAAACCUGGGAACAGGCAAAGCUAAGAGAGAACCUGUCGCUAUUCCACGCCCAACCAUUCCUAAAUAUGACAAAUUGGGAUUUCUCCUGCAGCUGGAUUCCAGACUGCCUCCAGAACUAGCAUCAAAGUAUGCUAACAUCUCAGAGGGGGUUUGCAAGCCUGGAUAUGCAUCUGCACUCAUGACUGCCAUCUUCCCAAAGUUCUCAAAGCCAGCACCAAUGUUUUUGGAUGAUUCCUUCAGAAAGUGGGCACGAAUCCGGGACUUUGUACCUCCUUUUGGAAUUAAAGGACAAGAUAAUCUGAUCAAAGCCAUCUUGUCAGCAACCAAAGAUUAUCGUCUUACUCCAGCCCUUGACAGUCUCAGUUGCCGGAGAUGUGUUAUUGUGGGAAAUGGUGGCAUUCUAGCAAACAAGUCAUUGGGUUUGAAAAUCGAUGACUACGACAUUGUUAUCAGGCUGAACUCUGCUCCAGUGAAAGGCUUUGAAAAGGAUGUUGGUGGCAAGACAACAAUGCGAAUAACAUACCCAGAAGGGGCCAUCCAGAAACCAGAGCAAUAUGAAAAGGAUUCCCUCUUUGUGCUGGCAGGGUUCAAGUGGCAGGAUUUCAAGUGGCUGAAGUACAUUGUUUACAAGGAAAAAGUGAGUGCCUCUGAUGGCUUCUGGAAGUCUGUGGCAACCCAUGUUCCAAGAGAGCCACAUGAAAUCCGUAUCCUGAAUCCAUAUUUCAUCCAAGAGGCAGCUUUCAGCUUUAUUGGCCUUCCUUUCAACAAUGGUCUGAUGGGCAGAGGGAACAUCCCUACUCUGGGAAGUGUAGCAAUAACCAUGGUGCUCCACAAUUGUGAUGAGGUAGCAGUGGCUGGAUUUGGUUAUGACAUGAGCUCUCCAAAUGCACCACUACAUUACUAUGAGAACAUCAAGAUGUCUGCCAUCAAAGAGGUGCUUGUUGGCAGGAUAUCCCACCCUACGCCAUAAAGAGCCAGUUCUGUCUAUGAAACUUUGAAGCUUUUUGAACAUCAGUGUUAGUGCCAAAUAGGUGCAAGGUUUAUACGUGUUGUGAAAGAGAGGAGGAAAUUAAUCAUCAUAGCUCUUGGGACACAAUUAUCCAUAACAAUGGGAGGGAAGGGUAAUGAGGGUGUGUUGAAUAUAAUUUUCUUUCUUCUAUUCUGUAGUAAUAUUUACAUGUACAGUAAAGCCUUGAACAGUUUCAUUUGAACUUAAAACCUAUGCCUUUUAAAAUGAGUCUUUGGGAUUCAUCCAGGAAGGUAGGCGUAACAUUUUUGAGGCCUAAAACAACUAUUUCAUGAAUGAAUGACCUGAGUCUAAACUGUUUUGUCAUAGGACAGGGGAGUAAAGUCCAGUGUACAACAAGACCCAUUUUUAGGAUUGGCUUUGCAUGCCAAAUUUGACAGGUGGGUGAGGUUGCCCACCUGUCAAUCACUUAACAUCACAAUGACGUAAGAGCCAAAACCUGCUUUCUGAUGUGGUGAGGGCUCAACUUGUUCCAGGAGGGUUUCCAUUGACAGUAGUUUCAUUGAAACCACUUCCGCUCCUGGAAAAAGGCAUGCCUCCACCCCCAUCUGUCUAUGCACAGGGAGUUCAGCGAGCUUUCUUCAUGGAUCAGCAGCCGCAUUUCCACCUGCCCCAAGGCAGCUGGGUGUGGUUUGGGGGAAAUUGCCUUGUGUGCUAAACAGGGAGAGCUAGUGGCUCAAUUCAUCCCACAGACCAGAGGUUCCCCACCAUGAUAUAUUAGGAAAUGAGAAGAAAUUGCUUGUUGCGUUUCACUUGGUACUGCCCUGUGUACAGCUCUGUUAGAACUUCUGUUCUGAUACCAGAGAGAAGGAUGGAAUAGACUGAUAAAAGAGGUCUGUGUACUCCGAACAAUAUAUAUACCUCUCUGCUAAACUCAGUUCAGGAAGGUAAAAGAACCCCAGCCCAAAUCUCCAUUGUUUUUACGUAAUAGGAAUAAAUUGAAAAUUCUCUCACUGCUAGUCCCAAAAGUGUAUAUUUGCUUGCACGCGCAUGUGCACAGUCAUUAAUAGGAGCCUCUCUGGGAAUGUCCAUCAACCGGCAAUUCUAUUGUGCUGUGUCUUAGAGAGAACAGACCUGCAGGCUACGGUGUGUGUUCCCUAACGCAAGGUGUGUCAUUGAUUUACACGCAAUGUCUGCUUGACAUCUCCCUGGACACCAUUUUAAAACCCAGUGACUCAUCUCUAGGGAAUUUCUUCUCAAUACACACAAAGCCAAUGAAUUGCAUUUGUUUGCAGCUGGGUGGAGGUGGCCCCUCCUGUGCCAAGACAUGAGCAAUAAAACCUCAGGAUAGAAACAUAUCCUUUUUCUAUUACCUGCUGCACUAUGUAAGGCUGAGGGUUUUGUCAGAUUUUUAAGGGCAAAAAUGCUGAAAGCACAGUAUGUUACUGUGAAAUCAUGCAUUUCUGACUACCAGCUACAUAUCUGUGGUGUAAAUUAUAUGCAUAGGAAGGUAUGCAAAUCAUCCAGGAAGCAUCCAGGAAGCCUAGAUGUAGCAGGUAGGACUCACUGAACUCAGUAAAUUUGCAUAGUUGCAUCCUUAUGGUAAUAGUUAUCAAACAUCUCCCCCAAAAUCUAGGCAGCUAUCCCUCAUCAAUAGCCUUAUAGUCAACAGGCAUUAUUGGACAUCCACUUCAAAUGUAUUAGUCCUGGUCCCCUGCCUACCAUGAUGGUGACCAUGAUCUUUAAAGGUAGCCAAUCCAGCCCACUGCCAGAAUUAGAAACACUGGGAGAUGGUUAGGAGCAGUGCAGACAGGAAGCAGUAAAUGAGCAAAACUAGUAAACACUGAGCACUGUUAAUGCAAGAUAAGAACACCUCUUCUCUGUAGAUUCAGAUAAAGAGUCCAGCAGAGCAGGGCCGUCUUAAGCGCCCCUGGCGCUGUGGAGCGACAGAUCCCUCUGGCGCCCCCCCCCGUUUCCCCUCUGGCGCCCCCCGCCCCGUUUCCCAGCGCGGUGGGCGGGCGCAGCGCAGCUGCCACAGGUGCUGCUGCGUGGCGGACCGGCCAGCGGGCGGGCGCCAUUGUGCCCUGCGCCACCCAGCCUGGCUGUAGGGCCGGCCCUGCAGCAGAGUGAAUGGCAGCUGCAAAACCGCUAAAAGGCGAGGAAAGCCAUAAAUCACCUAUAAGAGAUUAUGCAUAAUGUGAACUGGCUGUUCUUCGCCAAAAAGCUGUACUCUUGCGAUCGACGGACAGUUUAUAAGAAGAUGGAAUACGAUCUCAGGCGUUCAAGAUGGCGCUGGCUUGUGUCGGACUGUUGACGCGGCAAGAAAGGCACUCCAGAUCAAGAGAGAUUUAUGGGAAGGUUGGACUGGACAAAAAACCCACACAGGAAGAAUGGAUAUGUGUUAAAUCUUGUUUGAUGCCUAUCUCAGAAGCUGCAACAAAGACAAAAGAAAGAAGAAAACAUCUAGAGGGACUGUUGGGGGAAAAAUUGAGAUUAUUGUGGACUACAGCAAGAUUUUGAUAUCAGGAUUAGGAUGGCAGUGUGAAUAGUAAUCUAGAAUCCCCAGACAUUGAAGCAAGGGAAGUUUAAAAUUUGUUAUGAUUUGGCAUAAUAUUUGGCUUAAUCGAUUAUGUGUAUAAUUGGAUAUAAUUGAAAUAAUUGAAUUGUGUUUUAAUUGGAAAAUUUAAUAAAAAAUAUUUUUAAAAAAAUGGCAGCUGCAAAACCUUAUCCCUAAAUACGGAUCUGGCAGACUAGUGGAUCUCAGUGGACAGAAGAUGUCUGAGAGCAAUGAUGCCUCUCCUAUCCUGCUCCAGAUGCCUUUUAAAGUAGCUCCCUGUUGCUGGAGCUUUCACACCAGGAACCACCUUUGCAGAAGGCCAUAUCGUUAUCUGCCACAUCCCCAUGGUAUGAUGCUAGGUGCACAGUGUUGCACAAGCCCAGACUUUAAGGUAAUUGCUGGUGCUUGCAAAAUGCUGUGUACAGGGCUUUGCAGAACCCAACAAUUAGCUGGUUGGUGCUUGCGGAACACUAUGCAUGGAGCUUUCCAAGACUUUACCUUUCCCACAGCUAAUUCAUAUGUAACUCCUAAUACUGGAAAAUCUAAAGUGCGAGCAAGUGCUUGGUUUUGGUCCAAAAAUAUGAACAUUCAAGCUUUCGUCUUAGGUCCUCAUGAGCAUAAAGUUGGCUGAGAGAUUGUGCUUACAGUGAAGGUGAUGUGCACAAUGCCUAUGCAAAUAAAGCUGUUGGUGAAAGACUCUGUCUACUUUGUUUAGCCAAAUGGUUGAGGUGUGUGGGUUUUUUAAAAACAGGUGUUUAUCUAAUAUUCAGGGUCACUGAGAGGGAGUACAGGGAGCCCUGCUCUGUUGGGCAGGGAGCCCAAACUCUGAACUUUCAUUAAAUAAAAAUAAAACACCUUAAUGCUUGUAUACAAAAUCUUAUGAAAUAAAAUUUCAGGUGCCAUUUGACAGUUUUUUUGUGAGAUAUGAGCCUGCUGCUGCCUUUCAGUGCUUUUAGUCAAUAAGCCAAUAAGUCAUAACUGUGAUUGAUGAGGGCUAUAGCAAAAUUUUGUUAAACAAGCACCUUGUAAGGCUCAAAAACAAAAUCAAAAUGACCUUUGCCAACACUGUAGAAGGGUAUGCCUUGUUCAUUUUGAAACUGUUUAGAGUCUUCCAUGUAUGACUCUUAAUUUUCCUCUAGAUUCAGACAAGAAGAAAAGCACUCCUGAGUUCCUUUUGAGUCUUCCUUCCUCUAGAAAUGAUAUUUGUCAAGAUAAUAUACUUGAGGAUUCCAUAAUUUUAAUAUAGCUAUGAUUAGGCCAGGCACCCCCAAACUGCGGCCCUCCAGAUGUUUUGGCCUACAACUCCCAUGAUCGCUAGCUAACAGCAUCAGAGAUGAUGGGAAUUGUAGUCCAAAACAUCUGGAGGGCCGAAGUUUGGGGAUGCCUGGACUAGGCAAUAAUAGCAUCUCCACCCAAAAGCAAACACUACACAGACAGGACUUUAGGGUUAUUUUUUCUGAGUAGAAAAAAAUAACACCCAAAGAUUACAUUGCUAAUGCAAAUGCAUAUACCAGUUGCUGCAGGGUGGCAAAGCUGACAUUGUUUACAAUGUUGCUGGAGGAAAUGGAGAAACAUCUUGCUUCUUGAAAAAAACGAGAAAAUCAGAAUGACACUGGAAGUAUGUUGUCUUAUCAGUAUGGCCACUAUAUAGAACAUACUGUAGAAGUUUGUUUGAUCCACAGUUGUAUAUGGCUGUACGUACAACACUGGUCCCAAACGUAUUCCAUACACAAUCUAUUUAACUGAAAAAGAGAGAAACACUUCAUUAUGAGAUUGUUUGUUAUUUUACUUGUAAAGCUGUUCUCUUUAUGAAGGUGAGGCAGUUCUUCUGCUGAACCCUGAUGGUUAGCUGAGGAGGGGGAUUAUUUCCCCAUUUCUGCUCAUCAGAUGAUCAGUCUGAUGACUAGGGAGAAGGCAAUUUGCAAUUCGAUCAGGGUGCUAAGCUCCACCCACUCCAGCGCUUUGACUACAUUUUUAUUUUGUUUUCCACUGCAAUGAUCAGUGGGGACUAGGUGUGGCAGGAAACUUUGCUUGUGGUACUGGAUCAGGCCCAUGAACUAGGUUACCCAGUCCUGUUUUACAACAAAUGUCCACAUAAUUUACAAAGAACAACCUGGAAACAUUUUUUUUUGCCCCAGAACACUCCUCUGCAUUGAUAUUUCUUCUAGUUUCUAUAGUCUAGAUCAGGGAUGGGCAACCUUUUUUCAAAUAAAUAUUCAGAGGAUUUGUUUUAGUUGGAGGCAUUCGACUACCAUUUUACUCAGAGUAGACAUAAUGAAAUCCAUAGACCUAAUUUAGAUAUAUUCAUUAAUUUCAAUAGGUCUACUCCAAAUAAAGCCUAGUUGAAUACCACCCUCUGACUUUAGUGUGACUGUGACAUAUACAUAUGGCAGAAACCUGCCAGUUUGUUCCGAGACAGCUGAAAAAGAAAGUCUUUUUCCCAAGCUAUCCAGACAGGAAAAAUAUAUUUUAAAAUCUGUUGUUGUUUUCAAGUAUAAUGCUUUACUGCUUCUUCCAUUUGUUAAAAGUAAGGAGUUAGACACUCUGAAGAACCCAGGAAAAGAUAGGGAGAAAGAACAGGAAGGAAGGAAUUCUGAUAGGAUGGAAGAACAGGACAACUUGGAGAGGAGUCAGGGGCUAUGUAAAAUUAGGUUGGCCUCUAUGCCGCAGGUUGUCACCUGUAGUUUCAAUAGUGGGCUUUAAUCACACACCCAUGCACCCCACCUAUCCCAGGGGUUUACUUGCCAACCCUAGUAAUAUAGAAAUAUUGAUGUGGGUACCUGAUUUCCAAAGAAAAGGGCAGGGUGUAGGUGAGGAGUACAGAACUUGCCUCCUGAUCAUGACUUACCUCCCUGCAGCUGCUCUCUGCAAACACAUUUCUCCCAGCCUGAACUCUUAACACCAGAUGUGACAGUAGAUACGAAAAAAUGUUCCUAGGGAAGGGGGCUGAAAGGAGGUAAACCAUGAGGAAAGCUUUUUUUAAAAAAAAAGUAUUACCUGUAUAUUAGUUUUAUUAAUAUAUGUGUAUGCAACUCUUCCAUUGCUCAAAAUAGUUUCCAGAUCGGUAAUAAAAGAUACAGGGUUGACUAAUUUGCUGCUUGAUUUCAGUGGAUGUGCUCUAUGACUUAGUAUCCAACUAUCAACAAAAGCAGAUUCUCUCAUCCGUCAGCCUCUUCUGUUUUUUUUAUAAAUGACCUCUUUUUCAUUACUGGGAUAGUUCUGUGCUUAACCAUUGGAACUGUUGUCAUUACAUUUAGGUUGACCCUUACAUUUUAGCUUUAGAUCAGGGGUCAGCAAACUUUUUCAGCAGGGGGCCGGUCCACUGU